GCGCGCGCAGCCGUCGCCUCAUCCUUUGCUCCCAACCCGACGGGAGGAUGUGACGUCGCCGGGCCGCUAGGUUGCUGCGCAGUUCUCCAGAGCAGACAGAAGGAAGGAAGGUGUGAGGGAGGCGGCGAGGCUCGUUCUUGUGGUGGUGGUUGUGGCAGCACUCUCCUCUCCUUCUCCUCUUCCUCCUGCCGCGGGCCUUCGAGAGCCAGAGCUCGACAGCCGGGCCAGGGUCGCCGCCCUCGCCGCGACGACGACCAGCCGCAGUUCGCAUUUACGAUGGCACUGGUGAAAAGUGGAUGGCUGCUUCGGCAAAGUACUAUAUUAAGGCGCUGGAAGAAGAAUUGGUUUGAUUUGUGGUCCCAUGGCCAUUUAUUAUUUUAUGACGAUCAGAAUCGGCAUGAUCUAGAAGACAGAAUUCACAUGAAAGUGGAUUGUAUCAACGUCAGAGUGGGGGACGAAUGCCGAGCUGGUGGACCUCCAUUAUGUUCAGCUCUCCUAGAAGGACCAAAGAUAGAAGGUUUACAGCCUCCAGAAGGGAAACCUCAUGAUUGUUUGCUGCAGAUCAUUUGUCGUGAUGGAAAAGUGCUCAGUCUCUGUGCGGAAAGUGCUGACGAUUGCUUGGCUUGGAAAUUUGCUCUCCAAGAUGCUAGAACAAAUGAGGCCUAUAUUGGUUCUGAAGUGAUGUAUGAAGACAAUUCAAUUUCUUCUGCUCCUCCUCCAUAUACAGCUUAUGCUACACCCUCACCUGAGAUUUAUGGCUAUCCCCCAUAUAAUGGUGCAUAUCCACCUCCAGGACCUCAGAUCAUCUAUACCUCUAAUGGACAAACAUAUGCAAUCCCUUACCAGUAUCCAAAUCAUGGUCCCUAUGGCCACCCGCCUGCAAAUCAUGUCAUCAUCAGAGAACGUUAUCGGGAUAAUGAUGGGGACCUGGCACUGGGGAUGCUUGCUGGGGCAGCAACAGGAAUGGCCCUGGGCUCCUUGUUCUGGGUGUUCUAGCUUUGCCCUAGAGUUACAGGGCAAGGGAAAUACCAAAUCCUCUGUGUGCAAUAAUGUAUCCAUUUGCAAAGCACUCCAGUUUAAUCUGCAGAUUUAAAAAAUAAGUUCUAGUAAUACUUUUGCUAGUUGCACAUUGAAAUUGUAGUUAAGGAAAUUUUCAAUCUUCCCAAAGGUGCACUUUAGCUGCAAAGUGGUUAACAUAAUGAACUGUGGUGAGAUGGCUUUGUGAUUCCGAGCACUGAUAAGGAAGUCACAGUAAUAUCAAUGAAGUGUUGUUAAUGAUAAAUAAAUGGCUGCAAUUGACUGAUUUUUACAAUCUAGUAUAACCACCUUGUGAAAACUACUUUGGUUCUGUCAGAGUGUCAACUGCAGGGAAUAACUAUUAAUGAAUAUAGAGUAUUUCUGGUUGUUUUAACAUUCCUUGAAGAUAGAGAUGGUGGCGGAGUGGAUAAUCCAUAGGGUACGGUGUAUGUUUUAAUAUGUAGGCAACUCCUGCAUUUCAGUGACUGACUGGUUUGAAAAGGCUUGCAUAUCAAGCCUUCGUAGUUUGUACUGUUUUCUUGUAGACAUUCCUCCUAAAGGCUAAGCAGUGGAGACUCGAGUUGUCCCAAAAACAUUAACCAUUGUACUGGGAGGAUAGGAAGUUGUUUAAUUCAAUUAAAGCAUUCCAGUAUUCUAAAAUAUGCUCUUUCAUUGAGCUCGUAAACCAAAGUCCAGUUGUUAGGCCGACUGCAUCAACGGAACUUAAGUACAUUAGGUGCUGAUUUACCAUAUUUCCAUUGACUGUACAUUUGCUCUAGUUGGGACUAACAACUGGAUUUAGGCUACAAUGGGACAGUAAUUGGAGAGAAAUUUUAAUAUGUGCCCCUUUUGGCCUCAGCCAUUUUUCAUAUAGUGGAGUCUGUCAGUGAGGAGAGUUCAGCUUAGGCAUAAUGCCUUAUCCAGCACUUAAUAAAUAGAUACUGGGGAGUUGCUGUGAUCAUUCCAACCAUAUAUGUGUUUAAUGCUUAGAUAUAUGGAAGCCUUUUAAAUAAAGAAUAGAGAGUAAUGAAAAUCUUCUAUAAACACAAGCUAACUUUAAUGGUUACAAUUAACAGGAGAGUGCAUUUCCCAGGUUCUCUGUAAGGCUAUUUGCAUUUGUAGGGUCCAGACUUUUCAAUAUGGUACUUCUUGAUCAAGUUCACUUUCUGCUGCUGAUUCUCAUACAACUGUAAGAAGUUGUAAAAAUAAACGAGCACUCUUGCUAAGAACCAAUUAUUUUCAGUAGUAGGUUUCUACCUCCAGUUUCAAUAUGGCAAAUGGUUGCUGCUUUAUCUAUUGGAAACAGUGUACAAUUUAUAUCCAUCUAAUACUUUGUGCAUCCUGUUGAACCCUUGAGCUCUAAAGUGUCUUGAGACUAGGUUGUGUUAAUUGGUGAACUUAACAGCUGUAAGUGAAGAAAACUUCGGUCAUGCCACUUGCCAUAUUGGCAAGCAUGAACAUGGUGUCCCCCGUUACCCAUUUGAAAUGCAAUAAUUUGUGGACUUCUGUAAAGCUGGGUGAUGUCACUAGAGUCUUUAAUGCUGGCUUCUGUAGGCCUUGUAUUACAUAUUUGCCACUGUUUGCCUUGGAGGGGAAUAUAGGCAGCAGCUGUUGAAACGUAAUGAAGAAGACCUGGUUGCAUCAAGCACCUGUUGAAAUGUUAAAACGUGUACUUUUAAAAUAAUUUUCCUGCUGAGCUGUUUGCUGACAGGGUCCAUUUAUAAGAACAAUCUGAGGCAUUUCAUGUGAUGGCACUGGAAACUGAAGAAAACAUGAAUAGAAAAUACUUCUAUAUUUCCAAAGUUUCCGGGUCCUUUAUAAGAUGAUAUAAUUGUUUUGGAAGCCUUCAAAAGAAUUUGAUCACAUAAUAAAAAAAAUCACUACCAGCCUCUGUUAUGAUUUCCUAUAUUUUUUUCUUUGUCGUUCUUUAUAAUCUGUCUAGUGCAAUUUUUAAGAGUUUCUACUGUCCUACUGCAUGUGUUAUAUAGAAUUACUUGAAACCUCCCAUUUCUAUGUAUUUGUACUUCGUGAGGGAAAAAAAUAAAUUUAGUUUUCGAACUG